AUUUUUUAAUUUUAUUCAUUUAUUUCAAACACAACUACCAAAACAUAAUUUCCAUAUAUUUUAAAUAAUGUCUGCAUCAAAUAAGUACGAAUUGUUAGGCGUUGAAGACGUAAUUGCAGCCAUCAAUGAAAGAAACAAAUGGGCAUUCGUCGUCUCCGGCCAAUGGAUACGCACAAUCCAAACGCUCUCUAUAAUUUCCUUAAUUUCGUCUCUCUGUGUUCUUACAGCCAUGGCCCACAUAUUCAUGCGGCACAAACGGUACCUCGCUCGUUUAUCCAUCCGUGUCUCCGGAUGCGUUGCUGUCUGCGACAUACUCAGCUCCAUAACACAGCUCCUCCUCCUGCAAAACAACUUUAUGAACCGGCAGGGCACGCAUGGGCUGCGGUUUAUUCUUUGGCUUUCAAUGUUCAGCACCUUAUCGUUUGUGUUUCUCACCUUGUCCAUAUCCACCCAGCUCCACCUAAGCACACUGACCAAAGUGCGUGUGACCACGUAUAUGCGUUUGGAAAAGUUUUACGUACCUCUUAGUCUGAUUUUGGCCGCAGUAUUUCCAGCCAUAGCCGUGGUCCAGAUGAAGGGCAUAUACUGGGUCCCCCACUUGCACGCUUUCAAUUGGCCCAGCACCACUGCGUUGGCACGCCGUCUAGUCCUGUGGAUGUGCAACUAUUUGUGGAUCGUAUUGACCAUAGUGUACUGUGCCGGUGUGGCCUUGGUUCUGUCGCUGCGUAUCUGGUCAAUGUGGAGAGAUUCAGUCGAUGUCAUUUCGGAGCCGCGCAUGCCUGAAAAAUGGGAUUGGAACAGCCUCAUAAAGCGCGAACGGCCGAGCCAGGGCACAAUGGCAAGCAGCUCCAUGGAUACGCUCUACCAUCACCACAAGGAAAGUUCACAGUCGGAUCAGUUGUCGGUGACCAGCACGGUAUCCAACCAGCAAAUGCCAUCGGAUCCCUCUGAGCCCGCCCAAACAGUUGGGCGUAGUGGCCAUAUGGCUGGGUCAUGCGGGCGCGGGUACCUGGUGACAAUGACAGUCCCGGACCGGCAGGAUGGGCAGCUUGUGGUUGUGCGCUCAUACGUGGAUAAGAGUCAGUUUUUGCGGUCGAUUCAGCGCCUGGCGUGUUACCCGCUGGUUCCCGUGCUGACGCAACUCGGCGUUGUGGCAAUGAACAUGACAGAGUACCCGUCCAAGAGCCUGUACAUAUUCGGAACCGUCAUGGCAACAACCAGUGGACUACUUAAUUUUCUCGUCUUUACGCUCAACCCUGCUUUGCCGGAUAUCUGGAAACAGGAUGUUCGUGACUCUCUUUGAAACUCCGAAAGUUAAACGAGUUGGAUGAACUUGCUCCCGUCUAUCUUUAUUAUUUUAUAUCGAAAAUCAUUUUGUUAGUCAAUCGGA